GAGGCAAAGUUCCCCGUUUCCCUUUCCCGGUCUCAUCCUUUCUUUCCCAUAGUUCUUCGCGCGUCUGCGGCCUCUUCCGGUCCCUUUUUUAUUCCGGCGCUGCCGACGCCACCAUGGGAAUUGAUAUUCGCCACAACAAGGACCGUAAGGUUCGGCGUAAGGAGCCCAAGAGUCAAGAUAUUUAUCUUCGCCUCUUAGUCAAGCUCUACAGAUUCCUUGCUCGCCGGACCAAUGCCAAAUUCAACAAGGUGAUACUCAAACGGCUAUUCAUGAGCCGUACCAACCGGCCUCCAUUGUCUGUGUCCCGCUUGAUCCGUAAAAUGAAGCUCCAAGGCCGGGAAAACAAAACCGCUGUUGUGGUGGGUACAGUGACGGAUGAUGUUCGCAUCCAGGAAAUUCCCAAACUGAAGAUUUGUGCCCUCAGAGUCACACAGGGAGCCCGUCGGCGCAUCCUGAAAGCUGGAGGCCAGAUCAUGACUUUUGACCAGUUAGCCAUGGCUGCCCCUAAGGGCCAGGGAACUGUUUUGCUUUCUGGACCCAGAAAGGCUCGCCAAGUUUAUCGGCAUUUUGGCAAGGCUCCUGGCACCCCACACAGCCAUACUAAGCCAUAUGUCCGAUCCAAGGGGCGUAAAUUUGAACGAGCUCGAGGUCGCCGUGCCAGUCGAGGCUACAAAAACUAGACAGUUUCAUGAGAAAGUGAAGGCCAACAUGUAUGGAUUAAAGUUUUUUUUCCCUCAAAUUAA